UUUGAAUCUUACGGUAUGUGUGGGGAUUUGAAAUGCUUUAUAGCGCUGUCGUGCUUAUCGUGUGGUUAACACGAGAGUGUACAUCCUUACCUAUCGAAACUGUUUUCCAUAACUGGAAUUUUUUUAUUGACCAAAACGCAAACUUGAUGCAUUAGUGCUUUUUCUCCGUGCGAUCUAUCUGUUUUUCAACUCGGAUUUGGCAGAAUGAAAUAUCAUAAAUUUUCAAAGAAAAUGUACCGCUUAGCAGCUUGGCUAUGGAAUCGAUCAUUUAAAUCGGUUAUUGUGGAAUUAGCCGCCAUUGUGCUGUGUAUAUACUUUAUUUUUCAUUUCACUACUAACUAUGUAUCUGAGAUUGUACAGAUGUCUCAAUUGACUAGUGAUCUUCAACAAUUAUCAAGUUCUUUAGACCAACACAUAUUGUUACAAAUGAAACUUUAUUCAAAAAUGAAGAAAACGGAAAUGUCACCUGAAAAAGUUACCAUUCCAAUUUUAGUCAUAGCUUGUAAUCGUCCCACUGUUAAUCGUCCAAUUGAUAAACUAUUACAACUGAGGCUUGAAAUGAUGAAUCGUCAUAGUUUUGAAUUUCCGAUUUUUGUUUCUCAUGCUUGUGAUGACGAUGCUACUGAAAAAGUCCUUCGUUCUUAUUACAAUAAGAUUACUGUUAUAAAACCGAAAGCUCCGUUAAUUACUCCAGGUCAACCGUCUACUGGUAAAGUGAUUGAAGGUUAUCGACAUGUUAGUCAUCAUUAUAAAUGGGCAUUAGAUCAAAUAUUUAUGGCAUAUAAUUAUUCAACUGCAAUCAUUGUAGAAGAUGAUCUAGAUUUGGCACCAGAUUUUUUAAAUUAUUUUAUCAGUAUGUAUAAUAUUUUACUUCAAGAUAAUACACUAUUUUGUGUAUCUGCGUUUAAUGACAAUGGAUUGUUGCAGUUGAUUGAUAUUAAACGUCCUGAUUUACUUUACAGAACUGAUUUCUUUCCUGGUUUGGGUUGGAUGUUAUUACGAAAUUUUUGGUUAGAAAUUCGUGAAGGAUGGCCUGAUGUUUAUUGGGACGAGUAUAUGCGUAAACCGUAUGUACGUAAAGGUCGAGCUUGUAUUCGACCAGAAAUUAGUCGUUCUGUAACAUUUGGUCGAAUCGGUAUAUCACAAGGUCAAUAUUUCGAUAGUCAUUUAAGACAUAUCAAAUUAAGUAGUGUGAAAAUUAAUUUUCAACACAUUAAUUUAUCCUAUUUAAAAGAAUCUGUUUAUCGUAAUCAAUUUCAUCGAUCAGUUUAUCAAGAUUCCAUCGAAGUGAGUAUUCAAUCUUACAUGAAUAAUGCGAAUUCUAUACCGAACAAUUCCAAAUCGUCUAUUCGUAUAACUUAUCGAGCUCGAGAAGAAUUUGAAACAAUUGCAAAACAUUUAAAAAUGAUGUAUGAUUUUAAAUGUGGUGUUAGUCGUAAUGCUUAUAUGGGUGUGGUACCAGUUUAUGUGAAUGGUCACCGGUUGUACAUUGCACCACCAUCCAAUUGGUCAGGUUAUAUUGAAUCGUGGGUAUAGUAUUAGACAUGUUUAUUAUUUGGUCUAUUAUUCUAUUUUGCAAAAAAAAAGUUAUUUUCUAUUGUUUCUUUUGACUGAUUAUUUAUCUUAACUUUUAUUUUUCAACUAUUUGCCUAAGUCUAUUAUUUCUAAAGUGAUCAGAAUAUGAAUGAAUGAAUGAAUGAGUGAGAAUGCACAUUGUUCUAAUUUAUGCAAAUGUAUGUAUAUAUAUAUAGAUAUAUGUGUAUCUGUUGUUAAAGAGACAAGGAAGUGGAGCAUGUUUGCUAUUUGUUUGCAUCAAUUAUUAUGUCUUUCAAUUAUUAUUUCCAGUGCUCUUCCAUUGUCUUGUGGUUUUUUUUAAAAAAAGGAAAAAAUCGAUAUACAUGUAUGUAGCAAUAGUAUUAUUAUUAUCAGUAGUAGUGGUAUUGUGUCAUCAAAUGGUUCCUUAAGUUUUCAAAACUGACUUGUCCGCCUGUACUUUGAUGAUGAUCACUGAGAACAAACACUCUUCUACAGAAAAAAAACAAGUGUACAUAUCUGUUUGUGAUUGCUUGUUUGUAAAUUGUUAUUAUUAUUAUUAUUACUAGUAUCUUGUAACAUCAAUGGAAGCAAAUACAACAAGAGAGAAGAACAAACUAGAAUGUGUGUGACAAUGUUGUAUAUUUUUUUUCUUCGUUUCUCUCUCUCUUUAAUUUUCUUCUACUUAUUUGUCUUAAUUUCUUGACUAAGUAAGAUUAUAACUUGUUAGAUUUUUUUGUGGACAAAAAACCAAGAAUGUGUUCUUAUACAUAUAUAAAAAUCUAUUUUUCAUGAGAUUUUAUAUAAAGUAGAAUUGUUGUUAAAUUUGUGUUCAUUUGUGGUUGGGUGUGUGUGCGUGUAAGUGUAAGUGUACGUGUACGUUUUUCAAUGACUUGUGAAGUAAACAAAAGGUUGGAUAUUAUUGA